AUGAGCGACGCAGCGAAGAAUUACGAUCUUCAAGUCUCGCCCAUGCCUGGGAUCAGCAAAGAAAGCGGCGACAAUGAACGCACGUCAUUGUACGUGUCCCACCCUUCGAUCUGGCUACUGCUCGCGGUGUCAAUGCCGCGCAUGGCGAUCAACAUGGCCUGGUCAGCUCAAUGGGCAGCCCUCGGCCCCUUUCUAUCCACCAUGCUGCCCAACUUUGCCGUCCAAGUGACGCAAUUCGUAGGUCCCAUUGUCGGAGUGCUCGUCGGCCCAAGUGUCGGUGUCUUUAGUGAUCGUAGCACCAGCAAAUUCGGUCGUCGACGACCUUUUCUGGCAAUCGCCAGCAUUCUGAGUAUCAUGUGCUGGAUUGCCAUGAGCUACACCCGUGAGAUGGGCGAAGCUCUUGGGGACCACAGUGAAGGGCCUGACGGUGAACCCGCUAGUCGUACGUGGACGUCGAUCCUCACUGUCUUUUUCUACUUGUGGAUGGACAUCACCGUCAACGUCGUGCAAACGCCAGCUAUGCUUUUAAUUGCUGACUUUGCUGGCGAUCGACAAACGACGGGAGCUGCGUUUGGCCAAGCGUGGUCGACCUUGGGAUCGAUUCUUGUCGCUGGCUACAUUGAGCUCUUUGGUGCUGCUCAUAAAUCGCUGCACGAGUUCAUGUGGAUGCUGUCGGGGACGAUGAUCCUGUGCAUCGCUGUUGCUGUUGUGUUUGCGAAAGAAACGCCAUUGGACCCAAGCAAGGUCGAGGACGUUUCGACGUGGAAGCGAAUCGGGGAUGCCUUUGCGUCUGUCUACCGCGGCAUCCGCACACUUCCUGGCGUGCUUGCAGUCUACGGUCUCUGCUUAUUCCUCGUCCAGUACGGCUUUACGGCGUACAAUGGCAACAAGGGUCAGUUCUUUGGCCUGGAGGUGUUUAAUGGAUCUGCUGAAAAUGCGGAUAGCUGCAACCCGUGUAGUCCUGAGCAAGAUGCCUAUAACAAGGGAGUCAGCAUUGCCGGUGGCCGCGCUGAUCUGCUGUUCAACGUUGCGGGUUAUCUCUACUCUUGGACGCUGCCGGUUCUAACGCGCAAGUUUGGCGUGAAGUGGGUGUUGACUGUUUCGACUCUUCCACAGAGUUUGCUUAUGGUCAUGGCGUGGACAAGCGACGUGACGUUCAACGUGUUUGUCGUUGUCAUUACUAGCAUGACACAGGUCGCGUGGUUUGCGUUCAUUGUGCCUGUGAUCGUGCACGUUUUCGGCGACGAUAAAGAGAUUGGCGUCUACGUCGGAGCGUUGAACUCGGCCAAUUGCUUUGGUCAAUUGUUGAACUUUGCCGUCGGCUCGGGACUCGUUGAAACGCCACUGGGCUACAAACUCCCCGUCUUCCUCGGCGGGAUCAUGAGCGCCCUCGGCUUCAUCACGGCUCUGUUCUUUUUCAGGAUGAAGAUCCACUCCAUGUAA